AUGGGCAGUUAUUUUCCUCUCUUGAUCAUCACUCAUGCAACCAUCCUCUUUCUUUUCCCAUCCUCUCCACCGAUCACCACCGCCGCCUCCGGAAAACAAAAUCCGGCGACCCAAACAUGCCAUGACAACCCUUUAGUAACCUCCGUCUGCGAAAACGUCAAUAAAACCACCGGCUUUGAUUUCUGCUGCGCCACCUUCUUCAACGACACUGUGACCCCAACUGACAUCAUCGACCUCUCCUACAUAGCCUUCCGCAAAACCUACGCCAAGGCCAACGAUAUCCUAAAUCAAAUUCUCCCGAUAAUCACUUAUAAAAGGAACAAAAAAGAAUUAAACGCCAUGCGGAAGUGCUCGGGUGAUUACAACCGAACCAAGUGGGCCCUUGCCACGGUGCUCGAGGACCUUGACUCUGAAACUUACGAAGAAUUCAAUGUGCUGGCGCUUUCCGCGCAAGGCAAUGUUAGCUCGUGUGAUAAACGUUUGAAUCGUGCUUCUUCGUCAUCAUCGUCUGUAGUUUUCCGACAAAUUAGGAAUGAGAGUGGGGUCAUUGUGAAGCUUACUGAUAUUUGUUACCGUGUGGCUCUGCUGUUUCAAUAUUCGAAGUAG